AUGACCUCUUCCAUGUCCACGAUCCUCAUCUUCGGCGGCACCGGCGGAAUAGGCGAGGCCUUCACGCGGAGUUUCCACAAGAUGGGCAAACGAGUGAUUACUACCGGCCGCCGCUCAGCCCGGCUCGCCGCCCUGGCUGCAGAACUGCCCGGUCUCGAGACCUACACCAUGGACAACAGCGACAUUUCUGGACUGGCAGGCCACGUUGAGACCAUCCUCACCAAGUACCCGGACAUCGACACCGUGUGGGUCAACUCGGGCAUCCAAUACCAAGGGGACUUCAAGUCGCUGGACACCUUCUCCGACGAAAAGAUCAUCACGGAGAUGAACACGAACCUGACGGCGCCGAUUGUUUUGGCCCGCCAUUUCGUGCCCCAUCUGUUAUCCCUCAAACGGGAGGCCAAUUUCUUGAUCACGUCCUCGGGCCUGGGAUUCGUGCCCAUGGCUUUAUUCCCGGUCUACUGCCCGACCAAGGCCGGCGUGCAUGCCUUCCUCGUCGGACUGCGAGAAAGUCUUGCGGGCACGAACGUCAACGUCAUUGAGAUCGCGCCGCCGUAUGUGCGGACGGAUCUGGACGCCGCGAAUCGGCUGGACAAGCUGGUCACGCCGAUGGAGCUGGGUGUAUAUACGGAGAAGACGCUGGAGAUUCUGUCCCAGCCAGCGAGCGAGAUCAAGGAGGCGGGGGUGGGAUUUGCUGAGAUGGUUGCGCGGAAGUGGCGCGAGGCGUAUGGUCCCGUCUUGAGGACGAGGCACUCGAGGGGUUGA